AGUUUGUCCACCCCUGUCCUAGAAGGAUCCACUCCGGACAGCAGCUUUCCCCCUGGUUGGUCACAGCAGAUCCAUAUUCCCCGUUGGCUGCUCACAUCCUAGCCGUCCUCAUGGGCUACGAUUCCUUGCUGGGUUACCCCAAGAUGAAGGUCUACAGAGAAAAAGAGGAUGUCACUCUGGACCCAGAUACAGCUCACCCCAAUCUGGCCCUUUCCAAGGACCGGAGAAGUGUGACAGCCACAAAGACAAAGCUAGCUCUGGCCAACAACCCAGGGAGAUUCGACAUUUACUCCUGCGUGCUCGGCUCCGACGGCUACGAGUCAGGGACGCAUUACUGGGACGUGGAGGUGGCUAGCACAGGGGGCUGGGCUCUGGGAAUCACCAGGGAGUCUGCCAGCAGGAAGGGACGGUUCAAUUUCAGCCCCAAGCAAGGCACGUGGGCCAUCCAGCUCUCCAGGGGCCAGUACCGGGAAGUCACUGCGGAAUGGAGCCCGCUGGACCCGCCCCAGAACCCUGGCAAGAUCAGAGUGUAUCUGGACUAUGAAGGAGGGGUUGUGUGCUUCUACGAUGCUGAUACCAUGGCCCCCCUCCACGCCUUCACCUCCUCCUUUUCUGGGAAGAUCUACCCGUUCUUCUGGGUCUGGUCUGUAGGGACCUCCCUUAGACUGUGUCCCCCACAACCCUCCAAUAACUGAGGGCACAGUCUAGAGGCUGCUGCCAUUUCUGAGGACAUCAAUGGAUGUUGGAUCAUGUUUUGUCUCAGCCAGAGAUUGAAGCAUGAACACCCUGAUGCAUCUGGAUUUUAGCCCAUGAGGCAGCAUCUCCCUUAAACACCUCUUCGCUGCCUGCCACGCUGCCCCUUGUGCAUGGCAAAUGCUCCCUAAUAAAACCCAAGCAGCUACUACCUUCUCCUCCCCCAGGUCCCUCCUUAAUGGUCACCUCUGCCAUGAUGCCUCCAGAACUCAGCCUGGUGAUCAGGGCUAGACAAGUGAUCUGCUGUGAAUAUGACUCUUUCUCAUCUUUCCUAUCUUGCUCUACCUUUACCUCCAAUUGAAAAGAAAUAUACCCUGUGUAGCUAGGUAAGGUGGUCCCCGUACUGUGAGAGAAAUGAGAAUUCUGGUUUAGCAUGUGUGUUAAUUGUUUUGUGUAAGAGGGAAUUAAUAUAGAUGUCAGUGCAGCUCUCUCCUUCUAGGUGUAUAGGGUAUAAACUGGUGAUGAAUUCACUGAGGCUGGAAAUUAGAAGGAGCUUUCUAAUGUAGCCUUUUUUCUAGUUAACGUGAAUUUUGUGCUGUGGUAUUACAGCACCGUGGGUUUGACUUUGGCGGCUACAGUUUCAAGCUUAACAGUGUGAAAGUCACCUCUGCUAUUUGCUUUAGAGAUAGAAUCUUUAUGAACACAUGAAGGUCAAGCAUAGUGACCACACAUACAUUCACAAGUACAAGGUCUCGUCUGUUUUACAAGUUUUAUUAAAGUUAUGAUUACCUGAGUAUAUAGAAAUUCUAUACAGACCUAUGCACAAGUUACAAAUAUAGUUAUACUCACAUCCUCCUAGAUAGUGUUAGGAUCUGUUGUAUCUCUCAUGACUUGAUCAUCAGUAGAGGGAUGGUUCCUGCUGGGGUUCCCAUAGGGAACUCCAUUUUUCUAAUCUAGGCGCCCGCUUUAUAAUUUGAUUCUGACUAUACCUUAUUCUACGCAUGUCCAUAAAAGUGUUAACCCUCUUUUCUCUUA